UGUUCCCCCCUUCCUCUCCGGCUGACUCCCAUCCCAUCACUCACUCACCUCUCGCCAUAGCGAUCCCAUCCCCAACCGACGCAGCAGACAACCGAAAACUCACCCCAUAACUCCCCCUAUUUCUCCAUACAAAUAACAACUUACCCAACUGAACAGAGGGCCGAGGCCAGUCUUCUUCUUCUUCUUCCUCCUUUUGCAGAGAUCUUGGGUACCCAAUUCCCGAGACCCACCAAGAACUCUGCUUCUGCCCACCCAGAGCAUAAAUAAGCAUAUCUCUGUAAGUGUCGGUGGCAAUGGGGAUCGAAGGCAUGGUGGGGUCGCCGCCGCAGGCGUUGCUCGAACGGCUCAAGGAUUACGGCCAGGAGGACGCUUUUGCUUUCUGGGACGAGCUCUCCCCUCCGGAGCGCCACUCCCUUGUCAAGGACCUCGAGAGUUUGGAUCUCUCGAGAAUCGAUCGGAUCAUUCGAUGCUCCAUGAGAUCUCAAGGGCUGCCGGUGGCGGCAAUCGAGCCGGUUCCGGAAAGUGAUGUGUCGGCUGUUGAAGGAAGAACACCGGAAGAGAGGGAGAGAUGGUGGAAAAUGGGCUUGAAAGCAAUCUCUGAGGGAAAGUUAGCUGUCUUGCUCCUCUCCGGCGGUCAGGGGACAAGGCUCGGAAGUUCAGACCCCAAAGGAUGUUUCAAUAUCGGACUGCCAUCAGGCAAGUCACUAUUUCAAAUUCAAGCAGAGCGAAUUUUGUGCGUCCAGAAAUUGGCUGCCCGAGCUGCCAAAGAGGGUUCUGUUGCUUCUGUCUCAAUACAUUGGUACAUAAUGACCAGUCCCUUCACUGAUGAUGCCACACGCAAGUUCUUUGAAAGUCACAAAUAUUUCGGGCUUGAGGCAGAUCAAGUGACCUUCUUUCAACAAGGUACAAUGCCAUGCAUCUCAAAAGAUGGCAGAUUCAUUAUGGAGACUCCAUACAGAGUUGCCAAAGCUCCAGAUGGUAAUGGAGGAGUAUAUUCAGCUCUUAGAUCUUCAAAACUAUUGGAAGAUAUGGCUGCGAGAGGCAUCAAGUAUAUAGAUUGCUAUGGAGUGGAUAAUGCUCUAGUAAGAGUGGCUGAUCCUACUUUUUUAGGUUAUUUCAUUGAGAAAGGUUCAGAUGCUGCAGCCAAAGUUGUCCGUAAGGCAUAUCCUCAAGAGAAGGUUGGUGUGUUUGUACGGCGAGGUAAAGGUGGACCACUUACUGUAGUUGAGUACAGUGAGUUGGAUCCAGCACUAGCUUCCAUGAUAAAUCAGGAAACUGGACGUCUUCGUUUUUGCUGGAGCAAUGUUUGCCUGCAUAUGUUCACAUUGGAUUUUCUCAACCAAGUAGCCAAUGCCCUCGAGAAAGAUAGCAUUUACCAUCUAGCUGAAAAGAAAAUCCCUUCCAUCCAUGGGCACACAGCAGGGAUGAAAAUGGAGCAGUUUGUAUUCGAUGCAUUUCCAUAUGCUCCUUCAACAGCCCUUUUUGAGGUUGUUCGCGAAGAAGAGUUUGCCCCAGUUAAAAAUGCCACUGGGUCGAGCUUCGACACCCCAGACAGUGCUCGACUGCUGGUUCUUCGGCUCCAUACUCGUUGGGUGGUGGCUGCAGGAGGCUUCUUAACUCAUUCAGUCCCUCUUUAUGCAACAGGCGUGGAGGUGUCACCCCUUUGUUCAUAUGCUGGAGAAAACCUCGAGGCGAUUUGUCGGGGAAGAACAUUUCAUGCUCCUUGUGAGAUAGCAUUCUAGUUAGAGCCAUCAUGCGUGAUGGAAACUGGGAGAUGAGGCUACAAUUCGUUGGAUAUCAAUUGUUUUUGUUUAUAUGGGCGGCUCUUUUUCUUUCUUUUUUUUCCCCGGUGAACUGCUUAUAUGAGUGAUGGUAUGAUGAUGAGUUGUUCCUUUUUAUUUCAUUUUAUUUUUUGUUUUAUGGGUUGUAGAAUAAAAACAUAAAAGAAGGGAAUAAAAGGGUCUAUGCGAUUCUUUCAUGGUUCA